AUGUUCAUCUUCUCCGAACUGCAGCACAAAGUCAUCUCUCUGGUGAAGAAUCAGCUGAAGAGGUUCAAGAAGGUGCUGAGUCCAGAUUUCCCAGCAUGCUCUGAGAGGGAGGUGGAGGGUGAGGUGGAUCAGACUGUCAGAGAAGGAACACUGCAGAUCGCACUGCACAUCCUGAGGAACAUGAACCAGACAGACCUCGCCAGCACACUACAGACCAAACUGGCUCCUGCUUGUCAUCAAAAGAUCAAAUCCACAUUGAAGAAGAAAUUCCAGAGAAUUAAUGAAGGAAUCUCGUAUCAUGGAGGCUCAACAAUUCUGAAUGAGAUCUACACAGAGCUCUACAUCACAGAAGGUGGGAGUGGAGAGGUCAAUAAUGAACAUGAGGUGAGACAGAUUGAGACAGCGUCCAGGAGACCAGCAACACAGGAGAGACCCAUCAACUGCAAUGACCUCUUUAAAGACACAGCCGUCAGAACUGUACUGACUAAUGGAGUCGCUGGAAUUGGAAAAACAGUCUCAGUGCAGAAGUUCCUUCUGGACUGGGCUGAAGGAAAAGCUAAUCAGGAUAUCCUCUUCAUAUAUCCACUUCCUUUUAGGGAGCUGAACUCAGUGAAGAGUAGAAAACUCAGUCUAGUUGAUCUUCUUCGUCUCUUUUUCACAGACAUAAAACAAUUAAAACCAGCAGAUUAUUAUCAGUACAAAGUCUUGUUCAUCUUUGAUGGUCUGGAUGAAAGUCGACUUCCUCUAGAUUUCCAGAACAAUGAGAGCUUGUCUGAUGUAACACAGUCAGCCUCUGUGGAUGUGCUGCUAACAAACCUCAUCAAAGGGAAUCUGCUUCCCUCUGCUCUUCUCUGGAUCACCUCUCGACCAGCAGCAUGUGGUCAGAUCCCUCCUGAGUAUGUUGACCAGGUAACAGAGGUACGAGGAUUCAGUGACCCACAGAAAGAGGAAUACCUCAGGAAGAGGAUCAGUGACCAGAGUGUGGCCAACAGAGUCAUCACACAUAUGAAGUCAUCAAGAAGCCUCUACAUCAUGUGCCAAAUACCGGCCUUCUGUUGGAUUGCAGCCACUGUUCUGGAGAGGAUGCUGAGUGAAGCAGAGAGUGGAGAGAUCCCCAAGACUCUGACUCAAAUGUUCACACAGUUCCUGAUCUUUCAGAUGAAACACAAAGACCAAAAGUACCAUGGAAAAUGUGACACUGAUCCUGGGCAGACUAGAGAGAUUAUUCUGGCUCUGGGAAAACUGGCUUUCCAACAGCUGGAGAAAGGCAACCUGAUCUUCUAUGAGGGAGACCUGAGAGAGUGUGGCAUUGAUGUCAGAGAAGUGUCAGUGUACUCAGGAGGCUGCACUCAGAUCUUCAGAGAGGAGUUGGGGCUGCACCUUGGGAAGGUGUUCAGCUUUGUCCAUCUGAGUGUUCAGGAGUUUCUGGCUGCUUUGUUUGUAUUUUUCUCCUUUAUUUCUCAGAACAGAAAUGUGCUGGAACAUCAAACACAUUCAAAAUCAACAGUGACUGAUUUUCUCAAGAGUGCAGUGGACAGAGCUUUACAGAGUGAGAAUGGACACCUGGACCUUUUUCUCCGUUUCCUCCUGGGUCUCUCACUGGAGUCCAAUCAGACUCUCUUACGAGGCCUGCUGACUCAGACAGGAAGCCCUUCUAACUGCAGAGAGGAAACAGUUGAGUACAUCAAGGAGAAGCUCAGGGAGAAUCUCUCUCCAGAGAAAUACAUCAACCUGUUCUACUGUCUGAAUGAAAUGAAUGACCACUCUCUAGUGCAGGAAGUUCAGACAUACCUGAACACAGAAGACUAUUGCUGUCUAGAUGAAGUCCGCCUCUCUCUUGCUCAGUGGUCAGCUCUGGUGUUUGUGUUGUUGAACUCAGAGGAAGAGCUGGACGUUUUUGAUCUGAGUAAAUAUGACAGAUCAGAGGAAUGUCUUCUGAGGCUUCUGCCAGUCGUUACAGCAUCCAGAAAAACUGUGCUGUCUCAAUGUCGUCUCUCAGAGAGAAGCUGUGCAGCUUUGGCCUCAGUUCUCAGCUCAAACUUCUCAAGCCUAAAAGAACUGAAUCUGAGUGGAAAUAAUCUGUGUGAUUCAGGAGUGACGCUGCUCUCUGCUGGACUGGAGGAUCAACACUGUAAGCUGGAGACACUCAGUCUGUCUCGGUGUGAUCUCUCAGAGAGAAGCUGUGCAGCUCUGGCCUCAGUUCUCAGCUCAAACUCCUCAAGUCUGAGAGAACUGGAUCUGAGUUAUAAUAGUCUGUGUGAUUCAGGAGUGACGCUGCUCUCUGCUGGACUGGAGGAUCAACACUGUAAGCUGGAGACACUCAGGCUGUCUCGGUGUCGUCUCUCAGAGAGAAGCUGUGCAGCUUUGGCCUCAGUUCUCAGAUCAAACUCCUCAAGUCUGAGAGAACUGGAUCUGAGUGGAAAUAGUCUGUGUGAUUCAGGAGUGACGCUCCUCUCUGCUGGACUGGAGGAUCAACACUGUAAACUGGAGACACUCAGAUUACGUCUCUGCAGUAUUACAGAGAAAGGCUGUAAAGCUCUGGUUAAAGCUUUGAAAUUAAAUCCUUCACACUUGAGAGAGCUGGAUCUGGAUGACAAUGAACCAGGAGAGUCAGGAGAGAAGAUGCUUUCUGCUCUGCUAGAAGAUCCUCACUAUAAACUGGAGAAACUAGAUCUGAAUUACUACUGUAACCUCACAGAGAACAGCUGUGCAGUUCUGGCCUCAGCUCUCAGCUCAGCGAGCUCACAUCUGACAGAACUGAACCUGAGUUACAAUUACCUGCAGGAUUCAGGAGUGAAGAAGCUCUUUGAGGGACUGAAGAGUCAACACUGUAAACUGAAGAAGUUGCGCCUGAUCAACUGCAGUAUUACAGAUGCAGGCUGUCUUGCUCUGUAUGACGCUCUGAAAUCAAACCCAUCACAGCUGAAUGAGUUGAACCUGAGCCUCAAUGUUCUAGGAGAUUCAGGAGUGGAGAAGCUCUGUGAUCUAUUGAAGAAGGAUCACUGUCAACUGAAGAAACUACUGCUGAUUAAAUGUCAUCUCACAAAGGACGGCUGUGCACAUCUGGCCUCAGCUCUCAGCAAAAACUCCAAACUGGAAGUUCUGGACCUGAGUAAGAAUAACCUGCAGGAUGAAGGAGUGAAGGAGCUCUGCAGAGAGAAGAAUGAACUGGAGAUACUGAGGUGGGGUCAUUACUUUCUCACUGUGGAUGUACUGUACAUCUCACAUAUACACAGUCAUUAAUAAUGAAAGAGAUCAUUUAGAAAUGCAUG